UUCAAGCCAGCAUGACAUCUUCCAUUUACCAAGGAUGCAAGAUAUGUUUCAAUCUUUGCUACUUUGGCCAUCUAUUGGAAUACCAGCAGUGUCCAUUGCUGAAAUACGAGGAAAGAAAAGCAGAGAAGGAUAUGAGAUCCUUGAGGGCAUCAAAGAGAAGUUGAGGACGUUGCCUGCAGAUAGACUUAGCACUGAGUUUGAGGAGUGUCAUUUUGGACUAAAACAUUUGUGGCUUAAGUUCCUCGAAAUUUCUGUUUUGGAUUAUCGUGAAGUCAUCUUGCCCAUUGUGAGAUCAUUUCAAUGGAUAGAGAUAAAACGAUGGAUUUCCCGUAAUGUAAAUGGUCCUGAUAAGAGCAUUAGCAACGCCAAUAUUGACACUGUAUUCGGUAAAAUUUGUCAGUUUUGUUUAUCGCACAACCUACAGAUGGAAAACUUACAGCCUUCAUGCUCAGACGAGACACUUCCAGUUGACGAAGAAUGCGAAGGAAGGAUGGCACAGAAUCAUGCAAGCAAUUCUGGUACCAUGGUAAACCAAAGAUCGUCAGAUCCACCAAUUGGCGUCCAUGAAAAUGGGAUGAACCUAGCUUUAAGAAUCACAGAAGUGGAUCAAGACAAAAAAGGAACUUCUGAACAAUCUGUUGAUGAAAUUGCAAGCACCUCCAGCUGUGAAGAAAGUGCUACUUUUUUCAACAAAAACAAUGCUGACAAAGACCUGUUUAACUUGAGUCUUGUCAUACAGUCAUUAUGCAAUCUGAGGCACUUCAGAGAUAUGUUUCUGAUGGAGCCACUUGUAUGGAUCCCAUCUGUGGACAACCACUGCAUUGCUCAGAUAUUUUAUGAAAUCUUCUCUUCUUGGGAGAAAAAUGAACACUACCUUUCGGAUAUUCUACUGACCUACAUCAAGACCCUUCUCUGCAGAAUUGUAGAUUGCACCAGUUUUUAUGAAAAGGUUGGGAAGAAUUAUGCUUCUGAGAUUGUUGCCACAAUUCUCAUUGGAUUGCAUAUGUCAGAAACUUCUUCACGAUUUAGUUUCAACAGGGAGACCGAAACACAGGUAGCAAACCCAAUCACGUGCGGCGAUUGCAUAUGCCCAACACAUAAUCUAUUUGGGAUCAAGUUCGAAGCGCAAAUGAGCUGCAGUUGUGGGAAGUGUUCUGAUGGAUACCUAUAUACCACACUUUUUCAUAAACUUGAUGCUGGUUCACCUCAAACAUCAAAGAUCAAGUCCUUUGCAGAGCUUCCAGUUCUAUUGGAUGAACAAUUCUGUAAGGAGAACAACUGCGAGGAUUGUGGAAAUCUGAAGACUAUUGAUCUCUCUCUUUCAAACACACCACACUUCUUUACAAUAGUUUUAAACUGGCUGGGUGGCAAUGAAAGCCAGGACACACUCUCUGAAGUGAUAGCUGGUGUUACAUCUCCCCUUGAGACUGAAUUCUUCUGCAGAAGUGCUCAUUCCGCAGCUAUGUAUACUGUCACCUCCAUGAUCUGCUAUGCUGAUGACCGUUAUGUCUGCUUUGCUCGCGUCAAGGACAAGUGGCUCAUAUACGACUUCGAGGCUGUCGUGAUGCAGACAGCAGAUACUUGGGAGCAUUUGCUAGAUCGUUUUAAAGACCACAAGCUCCAGCCUGAAGUUCUAUUUUUCGAGGUCAUCAAAUAGAUUGAUGUAUAGCUUUUGCUGAAUGCAAACUUGGCGUUGUUGUUCUGAACCCGGAAGAAAGCAUUUUGAUGUUGUUUCUCCGUGGAUCGGACAUUGAGUAGCCGAUAAACUCUUCAGGGACGUAUAAAUUGUUAUUUGUUCUGAACCCAGA